AAGACGGCAGGCGAGCUCCAGGUUCAGUUGUUCGGAGGAAGCCCAGCGCCGGCGAUGGCGAGUGUAAACCCCGCGGUGGCGGAGGCAGAGGCGGAGGCGGUGGGGCGGCGGGACGAGCUGUCGGAGUCGCUGGCUGAGCUCUUCACCAACGUCUCCCUCAUGGUCCGCGGCGAGCUCCAGGGGACUAACAAUCAGCUUGCUCUGCUUGAGAAGAUGAAUGAUCGCGUAUCACAGGAAUACAGCAACUACGGUGACAUCGCCGCUGGUCUGCGAGUAUUUGUAGAGCAGCUGAAUGAGAAAAACCGAGGCUUCGAGGAUUACGUGUCGCAGAUUGAUGCGAUAGAUCAACAGGUGACUGAGUUUGAGGCAGUGGUGUCCAUGCUCGACAAGCAUGUUGCCCUCUUGGAAAAGAAAGUAAAAUCGGCCUAUCACAUUUCUACUACCCAAUGAUUUCCAUCCAUAUGCCACAAUGCAGAUUCUUUUGCCAACACUUGAGCUUAUCCGGGAAACAUAUUAUUAUAUAUUCUGGCUGAGGAAACAACGCUGUAGCUGUAGCUGUAGGUGUUCCCACCGUUGAAAUGAUGCAAUCAGAUUCCAA